AUGCGACCGGCCUACGACACAGCUGACGGCGCGCGCGGGCCGUCCCCGGCGGCCACGAGUGCGCCCAGCGCCCAGCGCCCUCGGCCCAGCGCCCAGCGCCCUGGGCCCGGCAAACGCUGGCCGCUGCACCUGGGCACUCGUUUGCCCCUCCGCCACCUCGCCCCGCUCGCGCUGCGCCAUACGCCCCGACCCGCUGCCCGUUCGCUGCACGCCCACACCCCGGGCCGGGCUUCUCCUUCCCACUGCCACGGCCCCGCCCCGGCCCCGCCCCGCCCCCGGCCCUGCUUCGCCCCUCCUCGCCCCGGCUUCCCCCCCGUUUCCCCGCACCGUCCCGCCCCGCCUCUUAGUCGCCCGCUCGCCACUCCGCCCCUCACCCGUCUUGCCAAGCCCGGCUCCUCCCCGGCCAAACACGCUCCUCACUCCACCCAUACCCCCACCCGCCGCCCGCCCCGCCCCCCGCCACCCGCGCCCGCUACGCCCUCCCCCUACCCCGCCUUUAUUUUUUUUCCGCGCGCGACCCGUUGUUUGGGUACAGCUGUCAAGUUGCGUGUCAAGAUUGAGAUUGGUGGAUUUUACGUUCCAGUUCGGGCACCAAGUUCUGUGAAACCGAAACAACAUCGCUUCAUUUCUUUUCACAACAUCUCUACUCUACACCGGCGCGUGCACUGCGAAUCGGCAGCGCACCUCGCGUCGCAAAACGCAAUUCCGAUGCGGCCACGCGGCGCGGAACGCCGGGCGGGGCCAGUAAUCCCGCAACAGCGCGGCCGUGUUUCCCGGCCAGCUUUAAAUCGCCAGCGGAACGGCGAGUCGCGCGUUCGGAAAAAGGACAUUAGAGCGCGUUGUUGUGCGCCGCACGCGUCGCGCUUCGCUGCAAAAGUUUCCGCGCUUUAUUCGCGCGCGCCGCGCCCCGUGGCCCGCUGGGCCGGCCGCCGAGCGCCGCCCACUGUGGGCGACAAGCGUUCGGAUGCCGGGCGCAAUAACGUCUCUUACGCACGUUGGUACGCUAACUUUACGGACAUCGACAGAACCAUCACCCGGAGCGUUCCCCUGCUGGCUCCGCGCCUGUUUUACCCCGCGCGAUCUGGCGGGCGGGCCCACCGCGGGCGGCGGGCGCGGCGCGGCGCGAGACGCGCGCGUCGGAUAACAGAUGGCAGCGCGGGCGCGCGCGAGUCGAGUCGCGUCGAGUCGGCCGCGUGCGCCGCGAGCCCUAUCGACCCCCCACGCGAGCGGCCGCGCGCGCGCCGCGGCCGCCAGGCGUGCCUCCGCGUGCCCUUCGCCCUACGCGACGGCCCUUCCCUCCCUCGCCUUGCCUCCGAAGACCCACGUGGGGAAUAUCUGAGAUGCUUACGGAGGGUUAUUAGAUGUCAGCAGUCUGAUGCUGGCUCCGCCCAUGAAACUGAUAUCUUAAUGUUUAAUGUUGAGGAGGAGCUGGACGAAUUCAACAUCCACGUGGCGCGCCACCGGCCCGAGGAAUUGGCCAAGCUGGCCAAGACCACCAAGUUCACCCGGAAGGAGAUCCAGCUCAUCUACCGCGGCUUCAAGCAGGAGUGCCCCACUGGAAUGGUGGACGAGGACUCCUUUAAAAAUAUCUUCUCCCAGUUUUUUCCCCAGGGAGAUGCAAGCCAAUACGCGCACUACGUGUUCAAUACCAUCAAACACAACCACACAGGGAAGAUAAGUUUCGAGGACUUCCUGGGCAUCCUGUCGAAGGUGUCGCGUGGGUCGGUGCAGGAGAAGCUGCAAUGGAUCUUCGGGCUGUACGACCUGAACGGUGACGGACUCAUCACCAAGAACGAGAUGCUCGACGUGGUGACAGUUUACAAUUGCUAAUUGCUUAAUUUGUAACGUUUUAUGUAAACCCAUGAGCGCAACGAACAUAAACUAUGCUCUUAAGUCUUCCUAAUCCUGUCCCCCACCACCAUAAAUUUAAGGUCCCUAAUAACCACGAUUUUUAUCACAGUAUUACAAUAUAUUUUAAAAUUAAUUGUGUAACUUAGAAUUGGAAUAUAUGGUAAGAUUUUUUAUAAACGCAGUAAUGUAAUGAGAACAUGAACAAUUUGCCAGUGUUGUUGGUUGUUGUAAAUAAGAAAAUUAUGAGUGUAUAAUAAAGAUAUGUGUUGUUGAACAGAGAAAUCAUUCUGCAUUUUUACAUAGCUUAUUCACAAUUUCAUUAUUAAGUCAACUGUGAAAACACAAAUACAAUUAGAUAUUAGCCUCAGAGAAACUUUUUCAAUAUUUUUACUGCAAAAGAAGUGUAUGGUUGUAAAAUUCCUUGGACACAUAAUUGAAGAAAUAUGUCUCAAACUAUUGCACAAGACAUAUUGGUUGAAUUACCAAAUAUCUCACAACUAAAACUAUUUGAUUUCUUGUACUGAAGUUGGUAGGUAUAAGGAUUUUCAUUUCAUCUAUGUAUCAUUAUUCUGUGAAAUUCCUAGAAUGUUAGAAUUUUCCAAAAAAUGUUCUUAAUAGUUUUACACACAUCUCACCAACGUAUCUUUCCAGAAACUCAAUUUCAAAAUCAGAGAAAUCUUGAUGGUUGUACAUGGAAACUUUUGUAAGUGCAACUUGUCAUUGAAUUUCUCUCUAUUGGCAUCAUGUAUAUUUAAAUGACUGUACAUAAAUCAACUUAAUAUGUAUAUUUUGUUUGUUGAGUAUUCAGCACUUGUAAAUUAAGUAGAGAAGUUCAAUAAAUUGAAAAAUGUAGAGUACAGAGCAGGAAAAUCCCAUUAUUAAGUAGAUUAUUCUUCUUGUUGCAAAGCCACUUUUUAUUCAUAUUGUGGUUCAAAAUCUGCAUGUUGUAGAUAAAUGACCUGUUUUCACUUCCUAAAAUUGUAAAUAGUAACAUAAAUAAAGUAUCAUUAUUUUCUUGAGAUCAAAAUCACCAAACUUUUCAAAUAUCUUACUAUAUUCUAAAGUUCACUGAUAUGUAAAUACUACUCUCAUUGCUUCUCUUAACUUGGUCAUUAAUGUUGUUCUUGGGACAGCAUCAUAGUUCAGACAUCUGUAGAAUGCAUUCACCUCCAGACUGUCAGAGAAACUUGAAUUCAGUAUUUAUUAUUUUAUGGCUGUUGCAUUCAUCUAUCUAACAAUGCAUUAUUAUUUUGGCUGAGAAAUACAUGUUCAGAUAGCAUUAAACACUUUUAUGUUCAGUCUUACAUUUCUUCAUAAUUUUAUGUUAUUUAAAACAUUUUUUGAAAGUUUUUAAAAUAAUUCCUGAGUUCUGGUGUAUAACAGUUGAAUUCAACUGUUAGUCAAGUGGGAAAAUUGGGACAUAUUUGUAGUUUGUAAUAUUCUCCAUUCGGGGCAGUUCUCUGUGAUAGCAUUUAUUUCCUAAACACUGUUUGACAUUUGGAGAAUAUACUAUUAUAAAGAGACAUUCUGGUGGCUAGUGACAAAACCACAGGUGAACAACAAUUAAAAAUUAUGAAUUACCAUAUACCCAGUCUAGGAAAGUGUCCUUCAGCAUGCAUUCUUGGGAAAUUUAGACAUUCCCUUCCUUUACAUGCCUCUGACAUUUCUCGUUAGAAGAAAAGGAAUUCAUGCCCAUUUCUCACGUUUAUUACUUGUAUUGUGCUUGCAAUGAUCUUUGUAGAGUAUUUUUGUAAUUAUCUGUCCAUAAAAUGUACAUAAAACAUUCUCUGUAACACACCGUCUUAAAACUAAUUUUUCUUAGAAUAACGAAAGUUUCUCUCUUCAGUUGCUUUGACACUACAUUGUAUUAAAUGUUUCUUUGGGAUUGUGAGGUACUUAAUUAAUACCUUGAAUAAUUGUUGUAUCAAUACCUUGUUAAUACCUUUGAUACUACCUUGUUCCUUAUACUAUUUUAUUUACUUGUACUUUAAUUACUUUGCAAAACUAAUGGGCAGAUUAAUAUUGCAGCAACCUCAGAAUCUUAAUCUCAACAGAAGGUGGAUAUUCAUUAUUUUGGAAUUUGUGCAUUUUUUAUGCUUCACACUGAUAAUGGAUACAGUUAGAACCAGGAGACGGGGCACAUUUUUAUUAUUAGGUAAUUGUUAGAUAAUAACUAACUAAACAAAAAAUAUUUUUUAUUAUUUACUUAUAUUAUCACUUAUAAACACAUUUGCAACAAAUAAUGUUGACUAUUAAAAUGUUCUGAAAGGAAAUGAAUUCUCUUGCUUGCCUUUUGAUUGAUCAUUAUCUUGCUUUUCGAGUAUAAGUUGUGAUUCAUUGAAAUUUCUCUAUGCCUUUCAAAAAUAUUUAAAACAUUCCUGCCCAUUAUUUCAUGACCAAAUUUUCCACUUAAAAGAUACAAAAUUUGAAAUUACCUAUCAUAAAACAUGAAAUGCUACUAUUCUGUUUUCUCAAUUGUAAAUAGAAGAUACUAUAUGUUAAAAUCUGAAAAAGUGCAUAAUACAAGUACAUUUAACAGUUAAAACAAAAGCUAUACUAGAAAAGAGGAAAGUUUAAAAGGUUUGCAAAAUUGUCAUGUUUUAGUGGGUUGCUUCUGACACCUAUCAUGUGUUAUUUUGCUCAUAAAAGGAUUUCAAACUUAGUAUUUAUUUCUUCUGGUGAGAUAUUGCUCAGAAUUUUGACCAUUUUGUAAUGAGUUGUAAAAUUGAAAGAGUGGCAAUAACAUUCACACUAAGCUUUGUCAGAUUAAUUGUCUAUGUAUAUUAGCAACUUACAAUUUUAAUCUUACAAAUAUCCAAAAUAAUAUUUUGUUUCUUGCUUGCCAUGCAGUCUACUUAAAUUGUACCACCUUGAUCAUAUAUUUCUGACAUUUCUCUCACUGUUAAUGUAGAUUUCAAUUGUGUGUCCUUAAAGUGAUUAAUUUAUAUUUUUUAAGACUGUACUGUAUCUUUGUUCAUUCCACUAUUCAUAAAUAAUAUGACAUUAUUAUAUUAAU